AUGGAGCUGGAUGUCCAAAAGGCCAAGGAGCUCAUUGAGCAGAAGCUGGCGGAGGAAGAAGAGAAGCUUCUCCAAGGGGAUGGUGUGCGGGAGCCACUGGCCGUGGAGCGGAUGAGCACACCCGAGCUGGAGGAGGAGAAACGCUGCGGCCCCAGGAACCGGGGCCUCGAGGCUGUCAAGGGCCAGGAGCGGGUGCGGAAGAGCUCGGUGGACCUGCGGCGGGAGAUCAUCGACGUGGGGAGCAUCCAGCACCUCAUCGAGCUCCGCAAGCAGCGCCGGCAGCGCCAGCCCCUGGAGAUCGAGGGUCCCGUGGAGCCAGAGACCUUUCUGAGAGCUGCUGUCCAGGGAAAGAUGCAUGUCAUUGAGAAGUUUCUGGCAGAAGGUGGCAACCCCAACACAAGUGACGAGUUCCACCGCACAGCCCUUCACCGCUCCUCGCUGGAGGGACACAUGGACAUCCUACAGAAGCUUCUGGACAGUGGGGCCACUGUUGACUUCAGGGACCGGCUGGACUGCACUGCUGUGCAUUGGGCCUGCCGAGGUGGGCACCUGGAUGCUGUCAAGCUGCUGCAGGACCGUGGAGCAGACCUCAACGUGAAAGACAAGCUGCUCAGCACCCCCCUCCAUGUGGCCACCAGGACUGGGCACCUUGACAUUGUGGAGUACCUCAUCCACUGUGGGGUGGACAUCAACUCCCCAGACAGGGAAGGUGACACGGCACUGCACGAUGCCACACGGCUCAGCCGCUACAAGAUCAUCAAGUUGCUGAUCCUGCACGGAGCUGACAUGAUGGCCAAGAACCAGGCUGGCAAGACCCCAACGGAUCUGGUGCAGCAGUGGCAGGUGGACACACGCCAGGCACUAGAGACCAAGGAGCAGCCACAGGUGGAGAUGGAGGUCCCUGCAUGA